UUGAACAGAAAACAUCGAUUUCAAGUUUAAAUAAUUAAACGCCAUCAAGAUGAAGAGCAUUUUCAUCCUCAACGACAAAGCCUGGGCAGGUUCUAACCUACUGUAUAAGUGGCAGAAAACCCUUGGUAAUUAUAUCGCUGUUGCAGGACAGGACAACUCUGUGAAAAUAUUUGAUCGACAUGGACACAUAUGGACUGAACUGAACCUUCCCGGACGCUGUGUGGGAAUGGACUGGGAUAAAGAUGGGGACAUUUUGGCGGUGAUAGCUGCAAAAUCCAGCUCCAUUUACCUCUGGGAUGCCAGUGUCAAUAAAACAUUCCAGAUUGACGGCGGCAUGAGAGAUCAGAUGUCGUUCAUCCUGUGGUCAAAGACGGGCCCUCUGUUGGCAGUUGGGACAGUCAAAGGAAACCUGUUAAUUUACAAUCAGCAGACCUCACGCAAGAUCCCUGUACUGGGUAAACACACCAAGAAAAUCACCUGUGGGUGCUGGAGUACUCAGAAUCUACUGGCUCUGGGAAGUGAUGACAACACUGUGAGCAUCAGCAGUCAUGAAGGGGACACCGUCAGACAGAUAACGCUUCGCGGUGAGCCUGUUGAGAUUUUCUUUUCAGUAAUGAAGACAGAUGAAAGGUCCGCUGCUCAAGGAGAGAACUCUGUGAGUGUGUCUGUGGACAAGAAGAUACUGAUGCUUUUCAAUGUCAACGACCCUGAUAACCGGAUAGAACUGACCUUCCAGCGCCACUAUGGAAACAUUGUGUCCUACCGCUGGUACGGUGAUGGGUAUAUACUGAUCGGUUUCUCCAAUGGGUACUUUGUGGUUAUUUCCACUCAUAUCAGGGAGAUUGGGCAGGAGCUCUAUCAGGCUCGCAACCACAAAGAUAGUCUCAACAGUGUGGCCAUCUCGCCAGCACUGAACAAGGCAGCCUCCUGCGGUGACAACAGCGUAAAGAUCCACGAGCUGUCUGAGCUCAAAGAUAUCCGCAAUGUAGUUCGGCUGGACGAUGAGACCAAAGGUCUGGACCAGCUGAGCUGGACAGAUGAUGGCCAGCUGUUGGCCGUCUCCACACAGAAAGGGACGCUCCACGUCUUCCUGACCAAGCUGCCCAUUCUGGGGGACAGCUUUGGUACCCGGCUGGCCUACCUCACCUCCCUGCUGGAGGUCACUGUGUCCAACCAUGUGGAGGGGGAGAGUCCAGUGGCCAUAGAAGUAGAAGUAGAGCCUACUUUCAUUGCAAUGGGACCGUAUCAUGUGGCUGUGGGAAUGAACAACAGAGCCUGGUUCUACGCCUUGGUAGACCACAAACCUGGUUUUAACAAGCUAAAGGACAUUGAGUAUUUGGGGACGAUAGCCAGCAUGUGUCUUAACUCAGACUACGCCGCAGCACUGUUUGAGGGAAAAGUGCAGCUGCACAUGAUUGAAAGCAAAGACCAGGAGGAGAAGAAGCAGAUGAAGUUGUUUCCAGAUGAUGACAGAAAAGGUCGGAUUCUUUGCCACGCCCUCACCGCUGACUUCCUCUACUACGGCACUGAUUCAGGUAAUGUGGCGUGUGUCUUGGUGGAGGACUGGGAGACUGUGAGCAGCUACAGCCACUCGGUUGGUGUGAGGAAAGUGUUCCCCGACCUAAAUGGCACGCGGCUGGUGUUCAUCGAUGACAAGAACAGCGGCUUCCUGCUCUCCCCUGCGAACGCGACAGACUCCUGCUUUGAGCUCCCCAACUUCUCUCCCACCAUCACAGGAGUGCUGUGGGACAACUGGCAUGCUGACCGAGGAGUGUUUGUAGCUUAUGAUGAUGACAAGGUCUAUACCUACGCCCUGCAUAAAACCACCAUAUAUGGCACCCGGGUGGUGUUAGUAGGGAGCACUGCGCUCCUCUUUUCCCAGAAGCCUCUGCUCUUGUACAACGGGGAGCUGACAUGUCAGACGGUGAGCGGCAAUACCAGCGAAGUGGCUCUGAGCACACACUCCUUCCUCAAGCGCUCAACUGUCACAUCAGCAGAUUUGCCGCCGGAGCUCAGCAAGCAGCUCACCCAGGCACUCAUGCUCAAGAGGUCAGCCAU